GUGGUAUGUGUCGCCGACCGCCGGGCGCCGUCAUCUUGAUUCUUGAACUACCUAUGUUCUUGAAUAGUCGAUUAAUCAUCGCCAGCAGAUUCACUGCUAUGCUAUUAGAUUGAAGGACUAGCGCCUUUAUUGAAUGCCGACAUUCAAUUUCAAUAAUUUUAGGCCGAAGUGCGAAGUCCGAACUCCGAACUCCGAACGUUGAUUUAACGAACGUCACUCAAGUACUCUGUUCUGAGUUCUCAACGUCGUAUUAUUUAGCUGAUUGUAACAUAGCCCUUUGAACACAGCGUAUUUACCGUGUUUUGGUUGUUGAACAUAAAGUAAACCGCGAAUUUAAUUAAUUAACACAAUUGUAUAUUUUUGAAUUUACCAAGUUAAAAUCAAUAAAAAUAAUGGUUUUAUAUAUCAAGCACAUGUUGGUUGCAUAUGUUAUUCUUAACAUAGUGUCGAAUGCUUUAUGUAUUAAAUGUUGGAGCUGCAGAUCUAGCAACGAUCCUAAAUGUGCAGAUCCAUUCGAUAACAGUACAGUACCAAUAACGGAUUGCAAUCAAGAAAAAGGUUUAAGACAUUUGCCGGGAGUAAGACCUUCUAUGUGUCGGAAGAUAAGACAGAAAGUGAAUGGUGAAUGGCGUUACAUAAGGGACUGUGCAUAUCUCGGUGAUGUGGGAAUUCAAGGAGACGAACGGUUCUGCCUGAUGCGUACGGGCACCUAUAAUAUAUUUGUAGAAUACUGCACAUGUAACAGUAAGGAUGGAUGUAAUUCAGCUAGCUUAGCUUAUCCUAAUGCUGUGGUAGUUGUAUUGGCUACUGCAGCUUAUUUAUUCUCUAAAAUGUUGUAGUUUAUGUCAUACUUACAAUUUUCCUCAGUAGGUACAUAAUGAGAAAUGUUAACAACUAUGCUUAUAUAUACCUUAUGAUUUUUUGAUAAUUUACAUUAAAUCUGAAUAGUGCCAGCUGGAUAAUACAAUCCAAUGAAGCACAAAUUAAAUUAUAAAAGUGGAGGAAAAGAUAAAUUCACAUUUUUAUACAAAAUAUCUUGGUUUAUAAAUUAUAAUACUCACUGUUCUUAAAAUUGUAAGUCCGUUCUAUAUUAUUAUAAUAUAUCUAGAAUUCUAUUGAGUGCCAAGCAAGUAUUGGUGAUACAGUUUAUUUUUGUCUGAAUCUCAUAUUAUAUUCUAUAGAUCUAAAAUUUUGUAGUUGUUGUGUUAAGUUUAUUUUCAUUUAAUUGUGUACUUACCAGAUUGCACAUUUCAAAGAAACUUACUGUGUGCUAUGAUUGACCCAGUGCAUAAUAUAGCUAGCAAUUACAUCAAGUAAAAACCAUGAAUACAACUUCUUAUGAAGGUAUGUAAUUAUGUAUACUAUUCCAGUUCUAUAUAUAACAAUUUGCACAAAUUUCAUAUGAUAUACUAGUUAUUAGUUAUGUUGCAUACAUUGUUUUAAAACUAGUAGUAAUAGUGUUUUACUCUGUCAUAUUAAAAUUUUUACUUUUUUAAGUUAUCAAAGGGCUGAAAGAGAUAUGGAAAAACAUGUAAGGAAAAUGUAACCUUAUUGCCUUAUGCAUUAAAUAAUAAUUUUCAAUGUUUUAUUAAAAUACUGUGUAUGAGAAAGGUUCAUGUUUUGUCGAAUUGGACUUAAAUGUUGUUGUUUGUCUUCAAAUUUGCCAUAUCACAAGUAGAUUACAUUUUUAGUAAUUAUUUGCUGUUUACUAGUUCGUAAGCUUAAAAUACAAACUGGUUUUGUAAUAUGUUUUAUAAAAAUUUUACACUUAAUAUGACUGAAUGUUCCGUCCAUUAUUCUAAGUAUUUUUAUACUUUUAUACAAUUGAAUCAAUAAAUAGAUGUAUACAUA